CUAACCGUUAGUUGGCGAGUACAUCCAGUUCGGUUAGGAUGUGCCGAUUCGCGAAUCUCUUUUGUCGGUUCCAUUGAUAUUACUGACAGCGCGUGAAACUGAAAGGGAAUGGUUCAGUGAAAAGAGGACAAGUGCAAAUUGGUUAGUGGAAAAAAUAAAAUGUGCUUUAACUUUUAAUGAUUGAAUUAGUCAAAGUUGAAAUUGAGGAGUGGGAUGAAUUGACGGUCUUGUGGAAAAUCGUAAAACCGCGCUCAGAAUAUACAAAACUGAAAAAUUGCAAUUAAAAGAAGGUGUGUUUGGCAUUUAACUAUGACGCAGUGACCACCUCUGAGAAUCGAUAGUCCUCUAAUUCCCGUCAACGCAACCGAACUAGUCCACUUCACACACCCUACCAAUGUAACGCAAUUACAAUGCAUCAAUUUAGAAAAUGUUCCCGAAGAAAUGUUAUAGUGCUGCUGUCGUUAGUCAUCGGUUACCUGUUGGUGGACUACGCACUGAACGGCCGAGACUACAUAGACAAUCGUGAGAAGAUAAGCCUAAUUGAAGAAUCAAUACGAUCGCUGGCCAAUCAGGGAGCAUGCAAGCUGCCAAACCUUCCUGUCGAUUCACCGGAGAUGAUCAGUUUUCUCAAGGAUGAGCUUCCGGUCGACUGUGGCGAUGGAAAUGACGAUUGGGUUUCGUGUCACAAAUCUCUCUGCACCAUCAAGCCGGAUGUGGUGAAAGUACGCGGGAAAAUCACAUGCGACAUAGCAGACAUCAUCCGUACGGACGACUACAAGAUUCAAUACGACACACCGGUACGAACUACCCACAGGUACACGCUGAAGAAAAGUGAUUUUGCCCGAGCAAAAUGUUGGACCGAAUCGCGCUACCGGUGGACCGGGAUCAUCGUAGGCAUUCGGGAAGAUCCGGAACUGUCGGGACGUCGCAGCUGGAACAAGGAAAAUUCUCUGAAUGUGCUGAUUAUGGGCUUCGACUCGCUCAGCCGGAAUGCCUUCAUACGAAAGUUGCCCAAAGCAUACAAGUACCUCACGAAAUAUUUGAAAGCGGACGUCCUGCAAGGGUACAACAUUGUAGGUGACGGAACUCCACAAGCGUUGAUACCAUUAUUGACGGGAUUCACUGAACUGGAGCUACCUGAAACACGCAAGCGCAUGAAGAACUCCGAAUACGUCAACGUAUACCCGAUGGUCUGGAGCGAAUACGAAAAGUACGGCUACAUUACGGCAUUCAACGAGGACGUGCCGCACAUUGGAACGUUUUCGUAUCGCCUGAAUGGGUUCGAUGUUCAACCGACUGAUCAUUACAUGCGCACCUACUACCUAGCCAUUGAGAGCCAGAUGAGCUACUACAAAAGACUGUGCGCCGGAGCGCAGCCACGUCACAAAGUGAUGCUGGACUACACCAAAGAAUUUAUGCUAAGUUACCCUUCGAACCCUCGAUUUGUGUUCAGCUUUCACGGUGAACUCUCGCACGAUUCGAUCAAUCUGAUCGGAGUAGCCGAUACGGAUCUCACCAACUGGUUGGUCGAGCUCAAACAGCUCGGAGUGCUAAACAAUACGAUACUGGUCAUGAUGUCCGAUCAUGGGAACCGUUUCUCCGAGGUGCGCGAUACUCUCCAGGGUAAGCAGGAAGAGCGGUUGCCGUUCUUCAGUUUCACCUUUCCGGAAUGGUUCAAGCGGCACUACAGCGAACUGUAUCAAAACUUCAGGAGCAAUCUGUACAAACUCACGACACCGUUCGACGUGCACGAAACGCUUCAGGAUAUUCUGAAUCUCCAAACGCUGAAAUCCAAACAGCGCCCCUCGCACACCCGGGCCCUGUCGCUGUUCGAUGACAUUCCCCACAAUCGAUCCUGUGCCGAUGCGUACAUUGAACCGCACUGGUGUGCCUGUCUGAACUGGCAAACCAUCGAGGACACCUCAUCGGAAGAGGUAUUUCGUGCCGCCAUGGCCACCGUAGAUUUCAUCAACAAGUAUACGGAACGACACCGCGGCCUCUGCGCAACCCUCAGCUUGGACGAGAUCAAGUGGGCGGCAAAACUGUCACCCCACGAGGAUCUGGUCAAGUUCAAGAAGAACAAAGAUACCGACGGUUUCCUGGGGGAUUUCAGUUCAAGUGGGACGAAGAUCGUGCACGAUAUGUACCAGGUUAAACUGGUAACGAAUCCGGGGAAGGCGAUCUACGAAUCCAGUGUGCUGCAUGACAUGACCAGCAAUCAGUAUCGAGUCAAGCUGAGUGACAUAUCGCGAAUCAACAAAUAUGGCUCUCAAGCUAACUGUAUAUACGACAAGGAUCCCGAAGUGAGAAAAUACUGCUACUGUAAGAAUUAGGUCACUA